ACACAAAACUGUAGCGAACGCAACGAGUUAUCAUUCAUCGGGUCUAUACAAAACCGUCUGACAAGAAAUAACGGGUAUCUCACCGGGAUUAAGAUUUUUCUUUCCCUCUCUUUGCUUCCUCACCUGCCAUAAUCGCCAAGAAGAAACUUGUACAACCACAGCUAAAAACAAAAGACAGUGGAAAAGAAAUGAUUCUGAGUAAUCUUUCAAGAUUCCAUUACCUAUCAAUCAUAACCCACUCAAAAACACCAUCACCAUCUCCUUCUGCACUCCAAACUCUCACUCUCUUUUCAAGACUCAAUCUUCCCACAAUAAUUAAAAGACCCAAAUCAACUCUUUCCCCUGCGGAACCCAUUCCCAUCUCUCAUCUAUCAUCCCAAGAAAAUAAUACCCAACUCCCACUUUCGCUUGACAAGCUCUUUGUGCCUCCGGAAACUGAGGUUUUGUUUACUGAUGAUGCUGCUCUGAGCACUAGAAUCUUGAAAGGCUCUAACAUUGUGUUGAGUAAGUACGCGAGGGAUGCUCAGAUUGGGCAAGCUGAGUUUGUGAAGAGUAGUGUCAGCACUGAGGAUUGUCCUAAUGAUGGUUUGCCCGAGUUUGCACUUGUUGGCAGGUCUAAUGUUGGCAAAUCUUCUCUUCUUAAUUCUCUAGUUAGAAGAAAAAAGCUUGCUCUUACCUCUAAGAAACCUGGGAAGACGCAAUGCAUUAACCAUUUUCGGGUCAAUGAUAGCUGGUACUUGGUGGAUUUGCCUGGAUAUGGGUACGCUGCUGCACCCCAGGAGCUUCGGACAGAUUGGAACAAGUUCACUAAAGACUAUUUUCUCAACCGUUCCACCUUGGUCUCAGUUUUCCUUCUCAUAGAUGCUAGUAUUCCUGCCAAGAAAAUUGAUCUCGAGUAUGCCAGUUGGCUGGGUCAGAAUCAGAUACCGAUGACUUUGAUCUUCACCAAAUGUGACAAGCGCAAGAAGAAAAAGAAUGGAGGGAAAAGACCUGAUGAGAACGUGAAUGAUUUUCAAGAGUUGAUACGGAGCUUCUUCAAGACGGCACCCCCUUGGAUUAUGACCAGCAGCACUACUAAUCAAGGCCGUGAUGAGAUGCUACUGCACAUGGCUCAGCUGCGGAACUACUGGCUCAAACACUGAGAUAAAAGAUAAUGCAGAAUCAAGAUUAUUCUAUAUAUCCUGGUACAUCUUAUAUUUGAAACCUUCCCUGUUAUAUUAUCUUACUCGCAGACCCUUUUCUCAUUGAGUUUGCCUUUAGAGUUUCUGCCAGUCCCUUAAAUCUUAAUCUGGAAACCAUAUAGGAAUUAUAAUCGUUGGUCCAAAACUUUCCAGGAGCUUAUGAGAUUGGCAGAACAUGUUUUCGUUUUCCCAUUGGAACUCAACUAGUUCAAUUCCAUUAUCUUGGAAAAGAAAAAAAUGGAAAGGGUAUAUAAUGUUUUUUAUUGGAAAGCUAAUCAGUGUCUUAACUUGCUCGAGGCAUAACAGAUGCGUCAAGAAAAUGGAAGAACACCCAUUCUGGAAAGCAGAACCGAAAUGGUGAACAAAUUGAACUUCGAGUGGCAGCCUGCAUAACUUCCACCUACUAGAUCCUUCUUGAGUAUUGAAGAUGCAGCUGCUGAACUGGUUGCAAGUUUUGUUUGUGGCUUUAGAGAAUACAAUGUAAAUCUCUUGCUGGUGUAAUCGAAUGCCUCCUUGCUCUUGUUUUA